CUGGGGCUGUCUUGAGAGGGGGGAGAGCGGGCUUGAGCCUUCCCGUCGCCUCCACACGGCGCUUCGUCCUUGCCCCGCCGGCGGCCUCUGAUCCGUGGGCGUCACCCAGAGGAGUCCCUUAGGGCAGGCUGGGCGAGGGGGGGGGUCAUUACCCAGUCCAGCCCCUUUCUCCUGCACCCUGGGGCGUUCCUCACCCGCGUUGCUACCGCGUUAUUGUCUCGUCGUCUCUAAAGUUAACUCCAUGGCUACCCCCCGCGCCGGGCUGCUGGCCGCCGGGGAUGCCUCUCAGGGCGGGCGUGUUGUGGGCAGCGGUGUUGGCAGGAGGCGCGGAGCGUCUGCCCGGUGUGCGCUGGCAAAGCCCCGGCUGCUGUGUGGCGUCUGCGGAUAAGUUCAGGCAAAGCACCAGAAUGAAAGACAUGGACAAUAUCAAGACUAUAAAGACAGAAUGGAUGUGUAAAUCUGGAACUGAAGAUGAGAUUUUGAAUGGCAAAGAGCAAAACUGUGACUACUCUAUAGAUAACCUAUUUGAAGAAGCUCAGAAGGUUGGUGAUAUAUAUAUGCCCACAACUACAGUCAAGGACCAGGUUGAUGUAAUCAUUAAACUUUGGAAAAAUGGAUUUACAGUAAGUGACGGUGAACUUAGGAGCUACACUGAUGUUGCAAACCAGCAGUUCUUGGACUGCAUUAAAAAAGGGGAACUGCCUUUUGAGCUACAAAAAGUUUUUGAUAAGGAGGAGGUAGUUGUGAAAGUGGAAGACAAAAAAGAUAAGGUGUAUCUGUCGUCGAAAAAGCCAGUAUUUCAUCCCUUUUCUGGACAUGGUUACAGAUUAGGAAGUGCUACUCCAAGGAUAAUCUCCAAAGAAAGAGAUGAUCAUCAAGGACUUGGCAACAGACAACACCUGCCAUUAGUACCCUUAAAUGAUUUGGAGCCUAUCACUAAGAUCCAGAUCUGGCUAGCUGAUGGGGAAAGAAUAAUUCAGAAAUUCAAUGUUUCUCACAGAAUAAGCCAUGUUAGAGACUUCAUAAUGAAGUAUCAAGGAUCAGAGGGAAGUGUUCCCUUCAUACUGACUACUUCCCUGCCAUUUAGAGUGCUGCAGGAUGAGACACUCACACUAGAGGAAGCAAAGCUGCAAAAUGCUGUUGUUGUUCAGAGACUUCAGAAAACAACUGAGCCUUUCAGACUCUCAGUGACAAAAGCACCUGACAAUGACCAUAAACCUUCUGCUACACCUAAUGGACAGCUCAAGAAUGAGAAAAAAAACACCAUCAAAAGUGCAAGAUCAAAUUAGCUUUUAACUGGCCAUAAACUACAUACAAAUGGAACUAGACAGAACCAAAAAUGUAACCAGCAAUACCUAGAUGCAGUCUCAUCCUCGCAUACUGUGCUCUUAGAGAGCAAAAUGUGUGCUGUGCUAUAAUCUACAUAAUACAAGUCUUCAACUAAAUUUGGUGGUCAGAGCCUGGCUAUAUAAUGUAUCAGAGGUAACUGUACAACAGGUUAUCCUUAGAGUUUCCUUAGAUAGAAAUCUUAGUUCUUUGAGUGGUGUAUUUAAGUGGAACAGUUUUCUGAAACUUAAUUACUACUGAUAGCACCUUUUAAGGUAAAAUACUACUUUUUUUUUUGCACUUUGGACUAAAGUGAAACUGAACUGAUUGGUUUCACUUAUAUUUCAGUGUAAGCUGCUGCAGUUUACAUUCUUCUCACUGGAACUUUUAGGUAACAGAUGCAGGGAGGUUCACAUCUGAACACUUAACUAACUUGAAAGUCUUCGAUAUCAGUAUCUUCAGGAUUUAACUUCUGUCACAAAAUCUGCAGUGUUCUAUCCAGUCUUCACAUGGUGGAGGUGCACGUGCAAGAGAUAACAAUGAGAUAGUAUGGUGCAUACUGCAUAUGAAGUGCCUCAGUAAGCUCUGAAGGAACUAUUACCAGUGGCUGAAGUGGUUUCUCUCUCUUUUCUGCUGAUACAGACAGGGUGAUGUUACACUACCUAGCUCACUAGAAUAGAGAUCCACUUUUAGCCUUGCACACAAACUUCAGAUUUUCUGGAAAUGAUGAUACAGGAAUAGUGAUAUAAAGACACAGUUGUUUUUGCACUUAAUGUCUGCCUCUAUCCUCAACUUGCUAGCUCAUUGAGACACUACUUACAUAUGGUCAAGUUUCAAAGAUGUUAUGUGAAAACUUAGAUUUCUUCCCCCAUUUCCAUCCAAAUAUUUUGCUGUUCGUGUACUUGAGGUAUAAAAUUUGUAGCCAACUAUUCCAUGUUUUGUUAAAGGAGAAAUCAACUUAAAGACUAAGUAUUUUCUACUGGGUUUGCUUUAAAAAGUAUGUGGCUUUGUGAAUGGAACUAGAGUCUCUAGGUAAGACUUACCUUGGGGCCUUUAAUGAGUGCUGCCUGGUUUGUAAUACCUAUGCAAAUAGAUGAUUGUUGCAGUUGUAUUUUUGCAUGGGUAAAUGAAAAAUGGGUUUAGGACUUUCUAAUUUUGUUCUAAGUAGAAAAUUACUUAAUUGGAAUGACUUGAAUUCCAUCUAAAAGUUGUGUUUAUUCAAACCAGGGAUUAUUUUACUUCAUUUCCAGGAAUGUGUAACUGUUUUGCUUCAGCAUUUCUCCUGGUAUGUUUGAGGGCAUUGCAAUACAGGUCAGCUGCACGAAUAGUAGCUAUUCAAUAUAUUUAGAGAGCAAAUCUCUGAAAAUUGUGCAGUUAACUGUUUUCACUGUUGUAAACUUGCUGUACUACUGUGUCAUUUAGGUUUAGUAGCAAAUAAUACAGCUGAAUUUUCUUUGCUCUUGGACUACCUCCUCUGCUAUAUGGAAAGCCUACAAGAUCUCUAGUAGUAAGAAGUGUGCAGAAAAAUGCACUGGAAAAACUGAAGAAAGAAGUCGCCCACAGAUACAGAUCCAACCCUCAGGCUGCAGAGCUUUUUGAGCAGAGAAUUUUAUUAAUCGGUGCUUUUGAAUUUGUCCUAAUAUAAAACUAUUAGGAAACACCACGUGCUUGAUUGUAAGCUCAAUUAUUCUUAUCUAAAAAGUGUAUGAAAUGUCAAAGUAGCUGUAUGUGAUUCCUGCAUUUGCAACAUUGAAAUUCAAGGAAACAAUUACUGUAAGGUUGAUUGAAAUUGAAGGGGGAGAAGGGAUAAAAUUUUAAGGUAGAUAAAUGCAUUUUCCUUUUAUCAAAAAGUCAUGGGUUUGGAAAGGACCAGUAUUUGUAUUUCAGUGUUGAUUCAUGUUGGCUACAAGUAUUUUAAGAGGCUGGAUAACUUGGUUCUGUCUGUCUCUAUAUUAUGCUUUACUGAAAUCAGCUGUUUCCGGCUACAGCUUUGGUCUACUCGACACUUUCAAACUGCAAAUAUACACUCAUGAUCUUAAUUACAAAAUGAGAGCAAAUUUUUAAAACGUCAAGAGUGAUGCUGUACUAAUUCCAUGUUAGACUAGAAAAUGCUUUUUUAAAAAGGCAACUGUGAUUGGAUAAUUUAUUUCCUAAUUUCGACAAAAUCUUUGGAAUAUAUACAGGGCUUUCCCAAAUGGAAUUGAUCUCAGUCAAUUUAUAAAAACUGAUCUAGCUACCUAUAAUGUCUGCUAAUCCCUUGCUCAGUGCUAUAGACAGCUAGUGUGCUUUAGGCAAACAACAGUAAAACUAGCUUGCUCAAUGCUUGAGUUUGUGAAGCACAGAAAAGACUAUCAGUGUCUCUUCAAAUGCCUUCACUCUUGUGAGUAAAGCCUGUGUAUUAACAUAAUUUACAGCAAAAUUGAAAUAUCCUAAAAAGAACAAAGAAAUAUUUUCUGUAGUUUUUUCAUAAAUGAAGAAACAUGAAGAUGCAGAUAAUGAAGAUUUAAUGUGUUAUGAGGACAUACGCAGAGAAAAUGAAGAACCUCAACUCUGAAUUUGAAUGUUACCUGCAUAUCUUCUAGCUUGGCAUUUCAGAACAAAUUAUGUAUUGAGGACAGAGCCGGUCCUGCCCUGUUUUGAAGCCCACCUGGUCUCAGCCUUUAGGGGACACUUUGGAGCCUGAAAGCUGCAGAAAGUUUUCAACAAGUUCCAUUUGUUUUUCAGCAAUUCCAGUUUGCAUUGCAAGUCUGUUUUUUUAUGAGCUUAAGUGGCUUCUUCUUUCAGAAUUUUGCAAAUUUGCUGUAAUUAUUCAUGUCAAAUGAGGUUGCACAGGAUUUAUGUAUCAGUGCUUCAUAACAUAGUUUGCAGUGGGUGUCCAGAACCCCCCCAGUGCCCUGUCAUUAGCAAAGCUCUUUGAGUUGAGCCCAGCAGCCCUGUGCAUAAGGUAAUUCAUAAUCUUCCCAAGAUGAGCAGAUCUGAGUUCUCCUGUGCUUCCUGGCUUGUUUUUAAACCCUCUCCUCUCAGGUUGAUUUGCUGUUGAAACAAUUCGUACUUCAAAAUGCAAUGCAUUUUUUUUUUCCCCCUCCGAUGCUGAGGAUGCUCCCAAGACCAUUUUCCUCAGGGCAAAGUGGUGGUGGUGAACAGGCACUGCCUCAAGAGCGGUGCCAUCUCCAGAGCCUUUUGAGAGCAGCAGCUCCAGCUCCUCUUCCCACAGCGUGCAGAGCUCCUGGGUCAAGUGUGGUUUCUCUGCGAUCUCGUUGCCAUUGACAGAAGGCAGCGUUGCUGGCUGCCGCCGUUAUAAAUUCAUAUAAAUUAAA